UUACCAAAGACCAACGAGAGCUUCACUUAGCUCGAUUUCGAUAAUAUCUCAAAUGGGUUCUCUCCGGUUUCAAUCGUCUUGGAGUGGUCUCAAGAAUCUCUCCUUCACUAUCAACCACACUCUCAAUGAAGGGAAGAAGGAUAAGUUUAGGGGUAAACGUGUGUAUGCUUCAUUAUUCGGAGUUGGAGCUCCUGAAGCUUUGGUCAUUGGAGUAGUAGCUCUGUUGGUCUUUGGUCCCAAAGGUCUAGCAGAGGUGGCUCGGAACUUGGGAAAGACUCUGCGCGCAUUCCAGCCAACAAUUAGAGAACUGCAGGAUGUAUCAAGGGAAUUCAAGGGCACCCUAGAGAGGGAAAUAGGGCUUGACGAAUUUUCAUCUUCUACAAACAACACAUACAAGCCCACUUCAUUUUCUAAUGACAACCAACAAGCGACAGCUGACCCGAAUGGAACUACUAAAUCUGCAGCUUACACGAGUGAAGACCUAUUAAAGAUUACUCAGGAGCAACUGGCUGCCUCUGCAAAAGGACCUCAAGCACAAGAAGAUUCUGUGAUGAGUACACCCUCAAAAAUAACAAGCACUGGUACCCCAGCCUCUAGUGCCCAAACUCAACCGUCUGGAAAGGACGAUAAGGAGACUCGACUAUGAUUGGAAAAGGCGUUGCACCGGAGAAAUGAUUCUUCAAAUGAAGAUUUGAGUUUUGGCUGUUAGCUUUCUGAACAGUUUAUUUAGGUUCUAUAGUUCAGGUCAUGUAUGUAUAUGAUGUCAUUAUUUAGAGACAGGUGAGAUCGAGGAUGAUGAAUUUUUAUUUAGAGACUUCCACUCUCUCUCCUGAGCUCUCAACUGGUUAGUGGUAUCUGUAAAUCCUGUAAGUUUGAGAACUUUGAAAUCUGAUCAUUUAAGUAAGCAGUUUCCAAGGAUA